GUGAGACGUUUGACAGUAUCACAGUAUGAUUUUCAGGUUAUUUAAACGUCAAAGCCAGUAAAACGUCAAAUAUCUACGUCUUAUUACUUACAAAAUUGUGCUGUAUUAUAUUGUGUCAUAUAACGUAGAAAUUCUUAUUACAUCUAUUAUUAUUGUUUUUUAAUAUUGCUAUCUCAAAAUAAUGUAGCAAUAAUGCAUUUAUCGUUUAUCAAGAAGAUAACGUUUCUUUCAACCACCUGCCUCUUGUAAAUAUUCUGUGAAUACAUUCUGUGAAUUAAUAAUACAGCUGCAUUUACGUCAAAAUAUAUUUCCGACAAUGGCACUCGUCAAUAUCGAAGGAAUCGACCCUUGGCUUACGGAAUAUGAUGCAUGUGAAAAGUUGUUCCGUGAGAUUAUGGAACAGCUUACUCUGCGCGAAGGAGAACCAAAGGCAUCAAAGAUUUAUGCCAGCUUGUCUGCCAAUGUCAGAUUGCGUAUGAAGCAAUAUACACGGGAAGUUCAGCAAUUAAAAAGCAAAGUGGAUGAAGCAUUCAAGUUAAGAACAAUAACAUUUGAGGAAGCUGAACGUAGGACAAGGCAAGUGGAACAAUUACAAAGUAAGGACAUUCAGUUGCAAAAAUUGUAUGAACCACACACACAUGAUUAUGCAUCAUCUCGUGCUAAUUUAUUAAGAGCAAAUUCAUCAGCUUUUGCUGAUGGUGGUACAACUUCUUGGGCUGCUGAUGAUGAUGAGGACGAUGAUAAACCGUUAGAUGUACAAGUAUCUGUUAGUGAUAUUAUGACUCAUCAGGAGCGAAUAUUGAGAGAACAAGACAAAGGUUUAGAGGAGUUAUGUAAAGUAAUUGCUCGUCAAAAAGAGAUUGGACAAACUAUUAGCAACGAAGUGGAUCAUCAAAAUGAAAUAAUUGAUGAUCUGGCUGAUCAUAUGGAUAGAACUGAUGAAUCUUUGAUCAAUAAGACCCAGCAGGUCCGUACUAUUCAUUCCAAAGACCGUACAUGUGGUUAUUGGAUUGUGAUACUUAUACUUUUUAUCGCUAUUAUUAUUGUUGCUUUAGUAUAGUAAAUAUUCACAAUGUUUUAAUUUUCAUCUGAAAUUGUCUAUAUCUAAAAUAUAGAAUUAGAAGCUUAAUUAUUUAUAAAUAAAGUAAUGUAAUAUCAGUUUUAAAGUAAUAUCACUAUUUUUCAAUCGAGUUAAGCUAAAAUAUUUAAUAUUAAGUAGGAUAUUUUUAAUAUAUUAUGCUAUUAAUAUGUUAUAAAUAAAAUAUGAAAGCAAAAUGUUAAUGAAAUAUUCAUACAUGUACAAUUUAAUAUUGGAACAUUUUAGUAUUUGUAUAAAAAUAUAAUUCAAUGUCUCUAAUUUUUAUAUAUUACAU